AUAGCAGGCGCUGGAUCGUCUAUAUCACAUGACCUUCUCCAUGAAAACAACAUCUUUAACCCACUCUAACAGUCCAAAUUGUAAAGAAUUACCCAAUAUACUCUUCUCGGAUAUCGGCAAGAUGCCUUGAUUUUCCUUAUUUUUUGGCGGGUUUAGAUCCAUAAAUACCCAAGAAGGAAGGUCCAGAAACUUCACAGACGCCUAGCCAGCCAUGUUUGUCAAGGUUUCUGUUCUCCUAGUACUACUAGUACUUCUGGCACCAGCAGAAGCCCAAGACCUCAAUUUCAUCUACAAUGAUGGUUUCACUGGCCGUUCUGGUCUUAAUCUCAGUUUAGACGGCAUAGCAGAGAUCACACCAACAGGUCUCUUGAAGCUUACAAACGACACCAAACUGAAAAGUGGUCAUGCCUUCUACCCUAACCCAGUAACCUUCAAGAACUCAGAGAACGACACCGCUUUCUCCUUCUCCACCAACUUUGUUUUUGCAAUCCGAUCAGAGUACACUACUCUCAGCGCCCAUGGAAUCGCCUUUGUCAUCGCUCCGACGAGAGGCCUCCCCGGAGCUCUGCCGAGCCAGUACUUGAGCCUGUUCAACGGGUCCAACAAUGGGAAUUUCUCCAAUCAUGUUUUUGCUGUGGAGCUUGACACGAUCCAGAACACGGAAUUCAGUGACAUCAAUGAAAACCAUGUUGGGAUCGACAUCAAUGGCUUGCACUCUGUCCAAGCUGCUCCAGCUGGUUAUUUUGAUGGUCAGUUCAAGAACCUGAGUCUUAUCAGUGGUAAAGAAAUGAGAGUUUGGGUUGAAUAUGAUGGUACCAAGAAGCAAAUUGAAGUUACUAUUGCUCCAAUUGCUGUUGCAACGAAACCCACAACUCCACUUUUGUCUUUGAAAUAUGACCUUUCCCCAAUUCUCAACAAAACCAUGUAUGUUGGCUUUUCUUCUUCAACUGGUUCAUUAUUCACAUCCCAUUAUGUAGUGGGUUGGAGCUUUAGGAUGAAUGGCCAAGCUCAAGAUCUUAUAGCUUCCAAACUUCCCAAGUUGCCUAGCAUUGCAGGUAAAAAGAGGUCCAUGCUUUUCACCUUUGGUGUGCCUCUGAUUUCAGUGAAUUUGUUUUUGCUGGUGGUUUCUGGGGUGCUUUAUGUCAUAAGAAGGAAGAGGAAGUUUGCAGAAGUGCUUGAAGAUUGGGAGCUAGAGUAUGGUCCUCAGAGGUUUAAGUACAAAGAACUGUAUAUAGCCACCAAAGGGUUUCGGGAAAAGGGGCUUUUGGGAACUGGGGGAUUUGGUAAAGUUUAUAGAGGUUUAUUACCCUCCUCUAAAAUUGAGAUUGCAGUGAAGAGGGUAUCACAUGAAUCAAGACAGGGGAUGAAGGAAUUUGUAGCAGAAAUUGCUAGUAUUGGCAGGCUUCGUCACCGGAAUUUAGUACAACUGUUAGGAUAUUGUAGGCGAAAAGGGGAGCUGCUUUUGGUCUAUGACUACAUGCCUAAUGGAAGCUUGGACAAAUACCUCUAUGAUCAACCUCAGGUGACCCUUAAUUGGAGCCAGAGGUUUAAAGUCAUCAAAGGUGUGGCUUCUGGACUGUUAUAUCUUCAUGAAGAAUGGGAACAGGUUGUGAUUCAUAGAGAUGUGAAGGCCAGUAAUGUGUUGCUAGAUGGGGAAAUGAAUGGAAGGCUAGGAGAUUUCGGGCUUGCAAGAUUAUACGACCAUGGAACAGACCCUCAAACUACUCAUAUAGUUGGAACACUUGGGUACCUAGCCCCAGAGCACACAAGAACAGGUCGGGCCACCACGAGCACCGACGUGUUUGCUUUUGGGGCAUUUUUGCUCGAAGUUGCUUGUGGAAAAAGGCCAAUUAAGACACAGGGUCCAGAAGAUGUGAUUUUGGUUGAUUGGGUGUUUUCUUGUUGGAAUAGGAGUAACAUCCUUGAGGCAAGAGAUCAGAGCAUUGGUAUGGAUUUUGUAGCCGAGGAAGUGGAGUUGGUGUUGAAGCUUGGGCUUUUGUGCUCUCAUUCGGAGCCAGCGGCAAGGCCUAGCAUGCGACAAGUCGUUCAGUACUUGGCCAGUGAUGCUGCUUUGCCGGAAGUGUCACUUCUUGGGCUUUCUUCUAGUGGCUUAACAGGUGGACACCGUGAUGGUUUUGAUGACUAUACUUUGUCGUAUCAAUCUUCCUUAGGCAAUAAGUUCUCGCAUCAUUCAUCAUAUGUUGCAGAGUCGGCACUACUUUCAGGUGGUCGUUGAUUCCAAGCACUGAGUAUAUAUUCGUUCAAAAACUUGGAAUCAAAAGCCAUACUACUUGCAUAUAUAUACACCUCUGGAAGUUUAUUAUUUCUUAUAGCUUUUAUAAGUAAUGGGAAACCAAUUGAAAAUCUCCGCCGCACCUUCUCAACAUUCAUGUAUCACCACCGUCUUUCUUUCCCGCCGAAUUUCAAAGAAAAGCAGUACUCUUUCUGAAAUCUGGACUAAAUGGUAGUGUCUAUUUCCCUAAUUUGUAUGCCUUUCUGAAGUUGGAAUGCUUGUAAUCUGUUAUUGAAAAAGUGUUCAUCACAUUAAGAGUUUCCUAAUUUGUAUUGUAGCUUACUCAUAUUUGGCUAAUAAACCCUAUAUAAAAUUAUAAACCCCAUAUAAUAGCUAAUGUAAA